UUGUCCCCACAGGUCCCCAGGGGUCCGGAAAUGUCCCCAUCGGCCAUGGGGGACACUGGGGACAUUGGGGUGGCCCUGUCCCAGGCGCUGCUCUGUGUCACCAGCCUGGGCUGUGCCCUGCGAGCUAGACAGGUGACAGGUGGCCCCGCCGCCGGGUUCCUCCUGCAGGCCCUGGUGGCCGCCGGCGACGCGCUGUCCCCUCUGUGUCCCCGCGUCCCCGAUGUCCCCAAGGCCACCGCCCCGCCGGGCUCCUGGAUCUGCUCCGUGCUCGCCCAACCCUUGGUGGCCUUCGGCUGUCACCGCCUCAGCGGCGACACUGCCACCGCCAACCUGCUACUGGUCACGGUCACCCUGGUGGCCCCGGUGGCCGCGGCCUUGCCGGACGACGGCCGUGUCCUGGCCGGUCACUUUGUCACCACGCUGACGUCCGGCUCCGUGCUGGCGCUGGCGGCGCUGACCGGGAGCGUCACCGGCGCGGUGGCCGCGGGGUUGGUGGCGCUCGGGGACGUGGCGGCGCCGUGGGGCGUCCCCUGGGUGAGGGCGGUGGCCAGCGUGGCGCUGCUGGGGACGCUGCGGGAGCAGAGCAGGGCGUGGAGGGAGUGA